CUAUAACUUGGAGCCGCUCUCAGGGCUGCAGCAGAGUCUCCAGCUGUGGACACCAGGCUGCUGGGAAUCUGCUCCAGCUCUACCAACUUCAGUCAGCGGGGAUCCAGUCAUGACUCAAGUGUGAAAGCGUCGGGAUCCGUGCCACUCGCCCGUCUGCCGAAUCUGUUUGGUGGUGAUGGUGAACUAGUGAUUCCUGAGGACCUGACAGAAGACUGGAUGUGGUUGUAGCUAUGGUUACGUCAGGGUGGAGGGCGUGGGCCCUCUCCCCCUAUGGCCUUGUGCUGGUCAUCUGUUCAUCUAUUUGUCUGUCCCAGCAGCCUCCCAUCAAACCUGCAGACUGCAGCAGAAAGGAACACCCUGUUGUCUCCUACCAAGCGCUGAGGUCUUGGGUGUCUGAGUUCUCCCAUCCGGGGGUGAAAGAUUUCUCCCAGCUCGCCAUGGACCUGAGCAGAAACCAGCUCAUUGUAGGAGCAAGAAAUUUCCUGUUUAGACUGAAUUUGAGCAACGCCUCCCUCAUACAGGCAACAGAAUGGGCACCAGAUGAAGAAACAAAGCGUUCAUGUCAGAGCAAAGGCAAAUCUGAGGACGAAUGUCAAAACUAUAUCCGGGUUUUGUUGAUAAGUGGGAGGACGCUGUUCACAUGCGGGACCAACGCUUUCACCCCCGUCUGCAUUACCAGGCAGGUUUCUAACACCAGUCAGGUGUUGGACACUGUAAACGGCGUUGCCCGAUGUCCCUACGACCCGCGCCACAACUCCACGGCCAUGGUAACGGAAAAGGGCGAGCUGUAUGCUGCCACGGUGAUUGAUUUCUCCGGACGUGACCCAGUCAUCUACAGGAGCCUGGGGAACAUGCCGCCACUGCGCUCCGCCCAGUACAACUCCAAAUGGCUCAACGAGCCCCAUUUUGUGUCUGUUUACGAGAUUGGUCGAUUCGCCUACUUCUUCCUGAGAGAAACUGCUGUUGAGAACGACUGUGGAAAGAUGGUGUUCUCUCGAGUGGCCCGGGUGUGUAAGAACGAUAUGGGUGGACGUUUUCUUUUGGAAGACACCUGGACCACCUUCAUGAAGGCCCGCCUCAACUGCUCACGCUCAGGAGAAAUCCCCUUUUACUACAACGAGCUGCAGAGCACCUUCUACCUACCAGAGCAAGACCUGAUUUAUGGCAUCUUUACCACUAAUGUGAACAGUAUAUCAGCUUCUGCUGUCUGUGCCUUCAAUCUGAGCUCCAUCACUCAGGCCUUCAAUGGGCCCUUUCGCUUCCAGGAGAACCCUCGCACUGCUUGGCUGUCCACACCAAACCCCAUACCCAAUUUUCAGUGUGGCACACUGGAGGAGGGCGGCCCUGGAGGAAACCUGACAGAGCGCAGCCUUCAGGACGCCCAGCGACUCUUCCUCAUGAAUGAUGUGGUCCAGCCGGUCACUGUCAACCCCCUGCUCACCCAGGACAACCUGCGCUUCUCCAAGCUGGUGGUGGACAUCGUGCAGGGCCGAGACACUCUCUAUCACGUCAUGUACAUCGGCACUGAAUACGGCACCAUCCUGAAGGCUCUCUCCACAACCAAUAAAAGCCUUCACGGCUGCUACCUAGAGGAGCUCAGGAUCCUUCCUGAAGGGAAACUGGGACCAAUCAAGAGUUUGCAAAUCCUCCACAAUGACAGAUCGUUGUUUGUGGGGCUUGAUGACAGAUUGGUGAAGAUUCCAUUAGAGCGCUGCUCCAGCUAUCCGACCGAACGUUAUUGCAUGGAGGCUCGGGACCCUUACUGUGGCUGGGAUCACAAACAGAACCGCUGCACCACUUUUGAGGAGAGCUCCAACAUGAACCAGUGGACCCAAAACAUCACCGAAUGCCCAGUGAGGAACCUGACACAGGAUGGUGGAUUUGGUCCGUGGGCACCAUGGCAACCUUGUAACCACGAUGACGGCGAGGGAUCCAUCAGCAGCUGUGUGUGUCGGUCCCGCUCAUGUAACGGACCAAUAGCCAGAUGUGGAGGAGUCGAAUGCAAAGGCCCGACCAUCCAGGUGGCAAACUGUUCCAGAAAUGGCGGCUGGACGCCGUGGUCUUCAUGGGGUCAGUGCAGCAGCAGUUGCGGUAUCGGAUUUGAAGUGAGGCAGCGGUCCUGCAACAACCCCGCACCUCGGCAUGGAGGUCGAAUCUGCGUUGGGCAGGGUCGAGAAGAGAGGUUAUGCAAUGAGAAAAAGCCAUGUCCCCUGCCAGUGUCGUGGACAGCGUGGGGCCCCUGGGCUCACUGCAGUGCUGAAUGUGGAGGGGGGGUCCACUCCAGGACCAGAACCUGUGAGAAUGGAAACAGCUGCCCCGGAUGUGCGACGGAGUAUAAGGCCUGUAAUCUUGAAGCUUGCCCUGAGGUUCGCCGCAACACCCCCUGGACCGCCUGGAUGCCAGUCAACGUCAGUCAAGACGGGUCUCGGCAGGAGCAGAGGUUCAGGUACACCUGCCGGGCGCUGCUGCACGACCCCCAGCAGCUCCAGCUGGGCAAGAAGAAGGUGGAGACCCGGUUCUGCCCCAAUGAUGGGUCAGGAGCUUGCCAGACCGACUCUCUGGUUGAAGACUUGGUGAAGACUAGCGGCCGAACUCAGUCCCAGCCCCAAGGUGCCCGGUGGGGAUCCUGGGAAACGUGGUCCAGCUGCUCCCAACAGUGCUCCAGAGGCUUCCGAACCCGGAAACGUAGCUGCUCAACGGCAGAGGGAAGGACCAACCCCAGCGCCUGUGUGGGAUCCCCGGUGGAGUAUCAGGACUGCAACAUUCAACCCUGCCCAGUGAGCGGAGCCUGGUCUUGCUGGUCUUCCUGGUCCCAGUGCUCAUCCAGCUGUGGAGGCGGGCAUUACCAGCGGACUCGGACAUGCAGCAGCCCACCACCUGCAAAUGGAGGAGACAUCUGUAUAGGGCUGCACACUGAAGAGGCCCUUUGUAAUACACAUACCUGUGAAGGUUGGGGUGAGUGGACAGAUUGGGGGGACUGUGAUGAGGAGGGUCUGCAGCAUCGCACUCGUCGCUGUGGUGAGGACGCGGAAACUGACGCCAGCCUCUGCCAGGGCAACCUCACCCAGUCCAGGCCAUGUCAGCCUCAUGAGGUGCCAGUCAUUUUACCUGGACAGGAGGACCAGAGCUGUGGAACCUUUACCUUGUUCCAGCUGGUAGCAGUGGGCUCAGCCAGUUUCUUCGCUGCAGCCCUCCUGUCGGCACUGGGCUGGACAUACUGCCACCACCUCAACCGACCAUCAGCAGAGUCAGCGGUCAUCCACCCCAGCACGCCCAACCACCUCACCUACAACAAGCCGGGCAACGCCACGCCAAAGAAUGAGAAAUACAUCCCCAUGGAGUUUAAGACACUAAACAAGAACAAUCUCCAUGUUAACGACGAGACGUGCAACCACUUCCCCUCCCCGCUGCCCUCCAGCCACAUGUUCACCACCACCUACUACCCUCCCAGUCUGAGCAAGUACGACUUCCACGCCGACUCACCCUGCAGGACCUACAUGCACAGCUGAGAAGAGGUCAGGCUCCAACAACAUAAAACACCUCCAUCAAAGGUUUCCUUGUUCGAGAAAAUAGAACAAACGUUUUGAAUAAUCUUUGAAUCCCAGUCAUUUUUUUUCAGGUCUGUUCGUUAGAUCUUAAAGGGCCAAUGCACCCAAAUUAUGUUCUUGUUACCCAGAUAGUUGGAUUUUAUUUUCUUAGGCUAUCUGAACAAACCCUAAAAAUUAAAUUUGAUAAAGGCAGCUGCAGCAUCUUUUUUGAGAAACAGCAUUUUCUCUCCUCUGCAGAAUCCACCGACAUCACUGCAAGCAGGUUAACAAGAAGCAUUUUUGUGUGGAGCGUCUCAAAGUAGCAUUAUUGGCUCUUAAAUACAACAUGUGCAAUUUCUCAUUACUGAGUUGCUGCAAAAUGCAACAGAUUUAGAGCAUGGCCUGCUGCACUGGCAUGUGAAAUUUCUGCCAAAAUGUGCACCCAUCUGUGCAGCAUGUCCUGUGGUCUUUGCAGGAUUUGUUACUGUGAAGAAAAUGGUCAUCAGCCUAGUUCUAGCAGACUGCACAGUGUCUGCUUGUGUAACAUUCUGCAGAAUAAGACAUUAAUUUACAGUGAAUUAUAAUUCCAAUUCCGAAUGAAGAAAGUGCAUAUUUAUAGACAUUAGAGGUAAUGUGACACCAUCUUGCGUGUAAUUUUAAUCUGUUGCAGCCCCCGCAACUCUCUCAGGAUUAAUUAGGUAUAGCUAACAGAGGGAGUGGAUGGAAUCCUCCCACUAAAUCUGGCAUACUACUUGUUUCCUCCCAUUCUUCAAAGUACAGUUGCUUGUUUUGUUUGAGGCAGAAGAAGAAGAAGUGCUGGUGCACAGAUCACACAAACCUUAAGCCAAUCAUCAACGGGGACCUGCAUAGUCAGAUCGACUGCAGAUUUUGGGACACAUCUUUGUGAAAGCUACAAUGCAGAAACUCGUGAACCAACAGAAGAGUGCAGCAGUCUUAACCUCCACAAGGUUGUUCUCUCUACCUAAAGGAGUCUCCUUCCUCUUAUGUCGCUCACCCUGAGAGGCUUCAUUUGUGGUCAGUGUGAGAGCAGCAUCCAGAGCUCCAAGGUUGAGCAACACCGCAGACAUUGUAUGUAUCUGGAUCUACUGGACUUGGAACUUUAUGCAUUUUUGGCCAGUAAGUUCAGAAGACUCAGAAAUGCUAUAGACUGUUCUACAGGCAGCUUGGGCCCUUGAUAAGUUACAGCUGGCAUCAGUGAUGAAGACUGAUAUUUCUGAUUAAAACCAGACAAAUGAAGUGACACACAGUGAGGAACAUCACCACAAUGAAUGAAACAGAACAGAGACUUGCAGAUUUCUGGCAUUUUUGCUUUAAUUUCCACACUUAGAAAAUGGAAAAACUACACUGAAGAGGACACCUCACUCUGUACUGUACAUUGUUAAAGAUGCACGUUUGCUGACUUUUCUGUCAGCAGAUUAUAUUAAUUAUUUUAGUGUCGUUGUUCACAGAUGUCACUGCUUGCAUUGGUAUCUCUUUUUGCUGAAACUAAAUGAUUAAAUUGUGUAAACAUAUGGGGCAUUGACACACGUUUUCCGAGUGUAAAGGCAUUAAGGUUGUUGUUCAAAAAUCACCAAAUAUACACAGCUAUACCUGAAUUUAGUUCAACAGAGACUGAACAAUUCAUUAGUCAGAAAUAGUUGUUUCGAAUGAAUCCACUAGAGCUGCAACGUUUAAUUGACUUGUCAUCCGCUAUUAAAUUAAUUGGCAGCUAUUUUGAUGAGUUAAUCCCAUUAAGUUAUUUUUUUGUAAGGUAAAAAAAAAUCUAAAUCUUCUGAUUCCGGCGUGUUACAUUUAAAUAUUUCCUAAUAUCACUACUUCUCUAGUAAGAACAAAUUGAAUAUCUUCGGGUUGUGAACAAAAUAUAUGUGAAGACGUCAUCUUUUGCUUUUGGAAGCACAUUUGGAUUCACUUUUUUUUUUUUUUUUUUUAAAUUACCAUUUUCUGACAUUUGAUAUACCAACUAAUUGAUUAAUCUGGAGCAUAAUCAACAGAUUAAUGGAAAAUGAAUCCACACUUUGAACUGCAGUGUUUCGCAGCAAAAAAAUCAACUUUGACAAAACGUCUGUAACUGUGAUGUUUUGCUCAAGCAGGUUUCAGAAAUACUUUUUUAAGACUCUUAUUAAGUGUAUCGUCGACUGUAGCUAUGUUUUAUGUUAAAUGUCUGAACUGCAAAAUAUGAAGUGAAAGUGGAAAACACUUCAUUUUAAUCAUGGCGACUCCACUUUAUUCUCACAAUCCAAAAACGUGCAGCUUACAUGAGCCAGUUACUCUAAAUUAUAUGUGAAUAUUGUCUGUCUGUGUGUGCUGUCCUCUGGAUGGGCUGUCAGAUUACCAGGAUAACAUUACAGGUGCUUGUACAUAUGUGUGCUUUUCACAUCUCUGCUGCAUCAAACUGUAGGUUAUGUGUUACGUGCUGUAUGCUAAUUUUGUAAUUUUUUGAGCAGUUUUCUAAUACAAUUCCUGGGGAAAUUGUAAUUUGGCUAAAAUAAUAAAUACAAUGGCAAUGUUUUUGCUAGGGUUGCUCAAUUUAAAGCCUGUGAAUCAGUUUCCCCUUAGUAUAGGAAACGUUAUGCAGCAUGCUGACUAUGUUUUUGCAUGUUCUAUCUGAAAGGCAGUUAAUUGGAAUAGAAGAAUCAGGAAGUGUACGGAUUGUAUGCCUCAACUAUUUCCCCUUUACUCGAUGCCAAAUUAUGUUUUUUUUUUUACUGGAAAAUAAUAGUAUUGCUAAAAUAAAGCAUAAACCCAAGUUGUGCUGCUGAAAAGCCCAACAUAGUAGGCUGUAAAAGUCACUGUGUGAGAGAUUUGAACAUCUUGCUGACUUUUAUUGAUGCCACCAAACGGACACUAAACACUCCUCCCACCAAGUCCAUUUAGUUUUAGUGGGACUGUAUUAUUUUUCUACAAGCAAAAAUAUUCACGUAAAAAAAAUCUACACAUCCUAAUAUUUAGCAGCUUCUUACAUUCCAGGAUGCCGGUGUUCAUAUUUAACUGUAAAUUGCAUAUCUUCCAUUUCUAAAUUGUAAAGGUCAAGAAACGAAUUCAGGUGUUUCACACCAUUUUUCUGUGUUAUGUAGCAUGAAACAAACAGCCCUGAUAACAAUAUGUGUUUAUACAGUGCAUCUGGGUGCUUGCAUACAAGUAGCUGCACGGGCACUCUUUCAUGAAUUUACAGUCCAUGUGUGUGUAAACUGUACAAAUAUGUUUGUAUGCAUUUGCCCUAGAAAAUGGAACUCAUUCCAUGUGUGUGUAGCAGGAAACAGUUGUGUUUUAUUGUAUGUAAAAGCCUCUUGAUUGUGAAAUCUGACACACAUCAGAUACAGUAUCUUCAUAGUUUGUCCAAGGAUCCCUAAAUGGAUUUUUUUUUUCUCCCAAAAACACUUCUGCUUAAUAUGAUUGAUGUGAAUUUGACUUAACACUGCCUUUUGGACACUGUGAACUUUUGGUACUCUAUAUUUUUGUAUAAUGUACACUGUAAAAAAGCAAACAAAAAAACACGAUGAAUAAAUCAAUUUUGGUGCAAAUAAUAAAAGGUGAGACAUAUUA